GUCAAGAGCUCGUUUGGACCUUCGGGGUUGGAUAAGAUGAUGGUGGAUGAUAUUGGAGAUGUUACGGUUACCAAUGAUGGCGCUACUAUUCUCAGUUUAUUGGAUGUUGAGCACCCUACCGGGAAGAUCUUGGUCGAUCUGGCUCAGCAGCAGGAUAAAGAGGUUGGAGAUGGAACAACUUCGGUCGUGAUUAUCGCUGCCGAGCUCCUCCGUCGGGCAAACGAACUUGUCAGGAACAAAAUUCACCCAACUACAAUCAUAACCGGUUACCGUCUAGCCCUCCGCGAAGCUGUAAAAUACAUGACAGAAGUAAUGUCAGUAAAAGUUGAAACCCUAGGAACCGAACCCCUCUUAAACAUUGCAAAGACCUCCAUGUCCUCCAAGAUCAUUGGUUCGGACUCAGACUUCUUCGCGCAGAUGGUCGUGGAUGCAAUGCUCGCCGUCAAGUCCACUAAUACAAAGGCUGAAGUUAAAUAUCCCGUCAAGGCAGUCAACAUCCUUAAAGCCCACGGGAAGAGUGCUACGGAGAGUAUGCUCGUUAAAGGGUACGCUCUUAACUGUACUGUUGCUUCCCAAGCUAUGCCCACGCGGAUUCUGAAUGCAAAGAUCGCAUGUUUGGACAUGAAUUUCCAGAAGACAAGGAUGGCAUUAGGUGUUCAUAUUACUGUUGACGACCCUAACCAGCUGGAGGCAAUCCGACAGCAGGAGUCAGAGAUGGUUCUCGAGAGGAUAAAGUUGAUUCUAGACGCUGGUGCAAACGUCAUCCUCACCACCAAGGGUAUCGACGACCUCUGCUUGAAGACGUUUGUAGAGAAAGGAGCUAUGGCUGUACGCCGUUGCAAGAAGGAGGACCUCAGAAGGAUCGCAAAGGCCACUGGCGCAACGCUAGUCAGUUCGCUUUCGAACCUGGAAGGAGAUGAAGUCUUCGAGGCCUCAUCCCUCGGAUCUGCAGAGGAAGUUGUCCAGGAGCGUAUCUCAGAUGAUGAGUGUAUCUUGGUGAAGGGCACCAAGUCAUACUCCUCUGCAUCCAUCAUUCUCCGAGGGCCAAACGACUACCAACUCGAUGAGAUGGAGCGCUCAGUCCAUGACUCCCUCUGCGCUGUCAAGCGCACCCUCGAGAGCGGGAAAGUAGUCCCCGGCGGAGGAGCCGUCGAAACCGCCUUGAGCAUCUACCUAGAGAACUUUGCUACCACAGUCGGAUCCCGCGAACAAUUGGCUCUCGCAGAAUUCGCCUCUGCCCUUCUAGUCAUUCCCAAAACAUUGGCCAUAAACGCAGCAAAGGACUCCUCAGACCUAGUCGCCAAACUCCGCUCCUACCAUGCUGCCUCGCAGACCGCCGCUGAAACUGAGACCAAGAAGCGGAAUUACAAGAACUAUGGGUUGGAUUUGAUGAAGGGCAAAGUUGUGGACGAGGUUAAGGCUGGCGUGUUGGAGCCUACGAUGAGUAAGGUUCGGAGUUUGAAAUCUGCUGUGGAGGCAUGCAUUUCCAUCAUGAGGAUUGACACUAUGAUUAAACUAGAUCCGGAGCAAAGACAGGAGGAUCCUCACGAGGGUCACUAAUCUAUGGACCCCAAAGUUGGCUGGUUCGAGCUUGUGAUGUUUCUAAGGUUAACUGAAACCCCUAGAAUAAAAGAGAUUGAAUGGUAUUUUCCAUCUAUAUAGCUCCGCUUAGAAUUCAAUGACAAUUUAUUUUCCUAA